GCGCAGGCUUGCUUCUGUGUCGGUGACUAACGUUUGAAGAUGGCGCUGAAAGCCAUUCGCGGGAUGGUGAACGGAGCUAUGACCGAGCUUAGCUCCACGGUGAGCAGCGCCAGAGCUGCCGGGGCUCGGGAGCAAGCACAGGCUGUCAGCCGGGACUACAUUUCUCAGCCGCGGCUCACUUAUAAAACUGUAUCUGGAGUCAACGGGCCAUUGGUCAUCUUGGAUCAGGUGAAGUUCCCAAGGUAUGCAGAAAUUGUUCACUUAACACUACCAGAUGGCACUCAGAGGAGUGGACAGGUUUUGGAAGUCUCUGGUGCCAAAGCUGUUGUGCAGGUGUUUGAAGGAACUUCAGGAAUUGAUGCCAAAAAAACAAGCUGUGAAUUUACAGGAGACAUUCUUCGAACACCCGUAUCUGAAGAUAUGCUUGGCCGUGUGUUCAAUGGAUCAGGAAAGCCUAUUGAUCGAGGUCCCACAGUUCUGGCUGAAGACUACCUGGACAUAAUGGGCCAGCCAAUUAAUCCCCAGUGCCGCAUAUAUCCUGAGGAAAUGAUCCAGACUGGCAUCUCUGCUAUUGAUGGGAUGAACAGUAUUGCUAGAGGACAAAAAAUUCCAAUUUUCUCAGCUGCUGGUUUGCCACACAAUGAGAUUGCAGCACAGAUCUGUCGUCAAGCUGGGUUGGUAAAGAAAUCAAAAAGCGUAAUGGAUUACAGCGAAGAGAAUUUUGCUAUUGUAUUUGCUGCUAUGGGUGUCAAUAUGGAGACUGCACGAUUCUUCAAGUCAGAUUUUGAAGAAAAUGGUUCCAUGGACAAUGUCUGCCUCUUUUUGAACUUGGCUAAUGACCCAACAAUUGAACGUAUUAUCACUCCCCGUCUUGCUCUGACAACAGCAGAAUUCCUGGCUUACCAGUGUGAAAAACAUGUACUGGUCAUCCUAACAGACAUGAGCUCAUAUGCUGAAGCACUGAGAGAAGUUUCGGCUGCCAGGGAAGAGGUACCAGGUCGUCGUGGCUUUCCAGGUUACAUGUAUACUGACUUGGCUACAAUUUAUGAGAGAGCAGGCCGGGUUGAGGGCAGGAAUGGAUCAAUAACACAGAUUCCUAUUUUGACUAUGCCCAAUGAUGAUAUUACUCAUCCCAUCCCUGAUCUGACAGGAUAUAUUACUGAAGGCCAGAUUUAUGUGGACAGGCAGCUACAUAACCGACAGAUUUACCCUCCAAUAAAUGUCUUGCCUUCUCUGUCUCGAUUGAUGAAAUCUGCUAUUGGUGAAGGGAUGACCCGCAAAGAUCAUGCUGAUGUAUCGAAUCAGCUGUAUGCUUGUUAUGCUAUUGGCAAAGAUGUGCAGGCAAUGAAAGCUGUGGUGGGAGAAGAGGCUCUGACACCAGAUGAUUUGUUGUACUUGGAAUUUCUCCAAAAGUUUGAAAAGAAUUUCAUUUCUCAAGGUCCCUAUGAGAACAGAACAGUAUAUGAAACACUGGACAUUGGCUGGCAGCUUAUGAGAAUCUUCCCCAAGGAGAUGCUGAAACGAAUUCCACAGAGCACUCUGGCAGAGUUCUACCCCAGAGACUCCAAACACUAGCAUCCUUUCUCUCCAACCCUUUAGAUGUUUGUGCCAUUGUGUUUGUAUUUUUGUUAUUUUUUUUUUGUUGUAAUGCUGUCAGUUACCCAACUAAAACAUCUCCAGCAGAGUUUUAAAUAUCAGUAAACGAAACCCUGUGCUACUUUUAUGUACUGGCCAAAUAUUGUAUUUAUUUUCUGGUUUUUCAUGGUUGGGGGGAAAAAAAAAACAAAAGAGAACAUAUGCCAAAAUGGAAUUUUUCUGAGUAGAAGAGUAUACAGAUCUACGUAUGAAAAGUAGAACACAUUCUGUGGUGUAGCAGGGUCACCAACACCUGUAUAGGUUUAUAGGGUCAUUAUUACCAAGUGUACAGAAGUGUAACAGUGAAACUCUUACUAGCAUGUGCUCAUCAACAUGUAACCACUCUCCACUGCCAUGAUUACUGAGUUUAACUACUUUAGCUCAAUACUUCUGCCUUUCCUAAUAUCAAUAGCUACCUUACCUUGAAACUUCUGUGCCUCCAACGUGGAACAAAAUGGGGGAAACUCCUAAAUAUAUCAUAAGUGAAUGUUUAUUAAUUAAAUACAUUUAGGAGAGAAUGAAUGAAAGGAGGCCAUAAAAUAUAAAAUAAGAGCACAACCUAACUUUCUAUCGGUUCAGGUCCUUGUGUAAUUAGUGCAGGUAAUUUGCCCAACUCCACAAAAACUUGACACAUCUUUUUCUCUCUAUCUUAUUCUCUUUACCGCCUUAUAAAUUUCCCUGUUUUUCUUUCUGCUUGCCAGUCCUUUCUCCUUUCCUUUGACUAGUGGUCUGGCAUGGAGAGGCCACUAAACCAAACCCCAGAGUUGCUGUGAAUUCAGUCACUGCUGCCCUGCCUAGGGUUGGCAUUACUGCUAGAAAUUUUCCUAUACUGAGUUCAAAUCCGUUUAUAAGAUUCUAAGAUGUCUGUUCUUUGUAGUAAGCACAAGGUUUACAUGUAUCCCAUGUGGUAACCCUUGUAGUUUUAAACGGUAUAUAAGAAACUGUGUGUAUUGUCACUAUUUAACAGAAUCAAGGAACAUGCAGGGCAGAUGCACGGGCACUGCUGAUAAGGGACCAUUGUUUUCCUUCAUGCAUUUUUGUCAGUGUGUUUGUGAAUGUUUUUUCUUUCUGCAUGCAUGCACAAAUUUAAAUAUAGAAAUGGCAUAAAAUUCUACUUUAAAGGCAACCAUAUUAGCUUAAAAUAACAGACAGAAAAUCAUAAAAAAAUCUUUCAUUACAGCAGGAAUAUAUGGUUUAAAAAAUAGCAACUCUAUUUUAGACUUUCAGAAAUCAUGUUUGUAGUACUAGGGUGUUGUACUGUGUUAGCCAUUAUGGGUGUAAUGAGAAGUCAAGCAAAAUGACACCUUUUAUUGGCUAACUAAAAAUAUGCUGAAGAAGGGGGCCUGAGUUGCUUUGAAAGCUUGCAUCUUGUACUCUUUUCAGUUAGCCAGUAAAAGGUGUCAUUUUGCUUGACUUCUCAUAGAAGUCACGUUGAAAUUUAAAAAAUAAAAAAAUACACCCUAGUAUAGACACACUUUUAUUUUAUUUGAACUCUUAUCCAUGAAAGUAAUGCUGCAUUCCUUAGACAUGGCACAUAUAAUUGCUAUAGUGCCUUUAUUUGGUGUAACUGUAUUUUCAAGUACAGUCCACUUGUAUUGUGUGUUUUCUUUGCAAAUCAGGAACGACCAAGCCUGAUCUGAAAGUGCUAAAGCAAAUCCAGAUUCUCAUUGAGACUAUUACUGAAAAAGAGGUUCAUUUAUGUAUUUUAAAUUAAGACUCUUGCUUGUUUCCCCCGUUUUGGCACUUAGUAUAUGUUUACGUCUCUUCUGUGUAGAUUUUGCUUAUUUUUCAAAUGCCUGCGUAGGGUCCACUGGUUACAUUUACCAAAGACCAGUGGCCCAGUGUUAGGCAUGGGUUCAAGUAUUCCCUAUAAGAACUGGCAUCUUUUUCAGGUUUGGUUCCUACCUGCUACUUAUGAAAGCAUACUGAAUGGUAAUGUUCCUAAAAUGAGGAUAUAGAAAUAUUUUAAACUCUGCAAAUGGAGGGUACACCAUAAACAAAAAAAGGCACAGUUUCCCUUAAUUUUAGCAUCCCCCCUAAAGUCAAGUGUGCUGCUUAUGUGUAAUACAACAGUCUCCAUAUCUUUCAUGCGGCUCAGAUGCUACAUUUUUUCUGUGCUCUGUGUGGUCACUUGGUAUGAUUUUCUGGCAGGCUUAUUAAAUGUUGUAUUUAUUUCUGGUGCUGUAGAUAUGGUAUGUAUGUUUGACAUUGAUAACCUGUGCAUUUCAUGUUUCUUCUGGAAAAGAUAUGCAACAAAACUUAAAUGUAUAAAAGCAUUUUUGUCAGUGCAAUUAAAUGUAAAAAAAAUAAAUAAGAUAUAUGUAUUCCAAAUAAAUGUUACUAAGAAAAGA